GGCAUUGUGGGUAUAUACAUCCAAACAUCCAAAAUGGCGGACGAGAGGUUUGAGCCAGUGAUGAAAGUGACUGCUAAAGAGAUGGCGGACGCGAAACUUCCUUUGGCGGCCAGAGAUUACUGUGCCCACUUACUCAUUCCUCUUCUGAAGUGUAGAAAGGAUACUUACUAUUUACCAUGGAAGUGUCACCAUGAAAAGCAUGCUUGGGAUAGGUGCCAGUACGAUGACUACAUGUACAGAGUGAGAGAAAAGGAACGCAGGAAACUUCAGCAGUCAGCAGAGUGAAACUCUACCAACUUUCUCUGCUACCAGUCUGUAACCUCCUGAGCCAUCUUAUGAUGAAUGAUGAUACUUUUGUAUUGACAGUACAUGAAUUUGCAGAACCUCUGAUGGUGUAAAUUGUUACAAGGGAAUUAAAAGUAACCAUGUUUUCCAAAUAA